CCUGCGGUCACCCGCCCGCUGGCCCAGAUCCGCAGCCGGGAUCGUGCAGCACGGUCAGGGGGCGCGGCCGGGGCGAGCUGAGGGGCCGCGUGCCAGGGCGCGGGGACGGUGACCCGGCUGCGGGAUCGGAGGCACGAACCUUGGAGGGGAUCGGAGAACGCAGCACUGAGCACACGGGAACGUGACCCCGACUGGGGCAAGAAACCGCCGGCUCUCGCGGCGCAGGGGCGCGCCGGGCUCGGGUCCCCCGUGGCGCGGGAGCAGGUGAACAGGUCCCCGCGCACUCGCCGCCGCGCGCCCUGCGCCCCGCGCCCCGUGCUCUGCGCGCUCGCCUUGAUGGUGGCGGCCAGCGGCCGCGUCGCCUCCGCCUUCAACCUGGACACCCGAUUCCUGGUGGUGAAGGAAGCCGAGAACAGGGGCAGCCUUUUCGGCUACUCGGUCGCCCUCCACCAGCAGACAGAGCGGCAGCAGCGCUACCUGCUCCUGGCUGGUGCCCCCCGGGACCUCGCAGUGCCUGAUGGUUCCACCAACCGGACCGGUGCUGUGUACCUGUGCCCCCUCUCUGCCCUCAAGGACGACUGUGAGCGGAUGGACAUCACGGAGAAAAGUGACCCUAACCAUCACAUUAUCGAGGACAUGUGGCUUGGGGUGACUGUGGCCAGCCAGGGGCCUGCAGGCAGAGUCCUGGUCUGUGCCCACCGAUAUACCCAGGUGCUUUGGUCGGGGUUGGAGGACCAGCGGCGCAUGGUGGGCAAGUGCUAUGUGCGGGGCAAUGACCUGGAGCUGGACCCCAGCGACGACUGGCAGACCUAUCACAAUGACAUGUGCAACAGCAACACCGACUACCUGGAGACGGGCAUGUGCCAGCUGGGCAGCAGCGGCGGCUUCACCCAGAACACUGUGUACUUCGGUGCUCCUGGUGCUUACAACUGGAAAGGAAACACCUACAUGAUUCAGCGGAAGGACUGGGAUUUAUCCGAGUACAGUUACAAGGAGCCGGAGAGUGAGGGAAACCUCUAUAUUGGGUACUCGGUGCAGGUGGGCAGAGCCAUCUUGCAGCCCUCAGACAUCACUGUGGUGACGGGUGCCCCGCGGCACCAACACAGAGGCGCCGUCCUCUUGCUGAGCCAGGAGGCGGGCGGAGACCUUCGGAAGAGGCAGAUGCUGGAGGGCACUCAGGUGGGCGCUUACUUUGGCAGCGCCGUUGCCCUCGCAGACCUGAACAAUGAUGGGUGGCAGGACCUCCUGGUGGGCGCUCCCUACUACUUCGAGCGGAAAGAGGAGGUGGGGGGUGCUGUUUAUGUCUUCAUGAACCAGGCGGGCACCUCCUUCCCUGCCGAGCCCUCCCUCCUUCUUCAUGGCCCCAGUCGCUCCGGCUUUGGCUUCUCAGUGGCCAGCAUUGGUGACAUCAACCAGGAUGGAUUCCAGGACAUUGCUGUGGGCGCCCCAUUCGAGGGCUUGGGCACAGUGUACAUCUACCACAGCAGUUCCGACGGGCUCCUCAGACAGCCCCAGCAGGUCAUCCAGGGAGAGAAGCUGGGGCUGCCUGGCCUGGCCACCUUCGGCUACUCUCUGAGUGGGCGGAUGGAUGUGGACGACAACCUCUACCCAGACCUGCUCGUAGGGAGCCUGUCAGACCACAUCGUGCUGCUGCGGGCCCGACCUGUCAUCAACAUCCUGGACAAGACCUUGGUGGCCAGGCCAGCUGUCCUGGACCCCACACUUUGCACGGCCACUUCCUGCGUGCAGGUGGAGCUGUGCUUCGCUUACAACCAGAGCGCCGGGAACCCCAACUAUAGGCGCAACAUCACCCUGGCCUACACCCUGGAAGCUGACCGGGACCACCGCCCACCCCGGCUCCGCUUUGCCCGAAGCCAGUCAGCCGUCUUCCACGGCUUCUUCUCCAUGCCGGAGACGCGCUGCCAGACGCUGGAGCUGCUCCUGAUGGAUAACCUGCGCAACAAACUCUAUCCCAUCACCAUCUCCAUGAACUACUCGUUACCUCUGCGGAUGCCCAAGCGCCCCCGGCUGGGGCCGUGGUCCCUGGAUGCUUACCCGGUCCUCAACCAGGCGCAGGCUGUGGAGAACCACGUGCAGAUCCAGUUCCAGAAGGCGUGCGGGCCUGACAACGUGUGUGAGAGCAACUUGGAGAUGCGGGCGGCCUUCAUGUCAGAGCAGGGGCAGCGGCUGAGCAGGCUCCAGUACAGCAGAGAUGUCCGGAAAUUGCUCCUGAGCAUCAACGUGACCAACGCCCCGAGCCAGAAACGGGCUGGGGAAGAUGCCCACGAGGCGCUGCUCACCCUGGAGGUCCCACCCGCCCUGCUGCUGUCCUCUGUGCGCCCUCCUGGGGCCUGCCAAGCUAAUGAGACCAUCCUGUGCGAGCUGGGGAACCCCUUCAAGCAGAACCACAGGAUGGAACUGCUCAUCGCCUUUGAGGUCAGCGGGGUGACGUUGCAAACGAGGGACCUGCAGGUGCAGCUGCAGCUGUCUACGUCGAGUUACCAGGACAAUCUGCAGCCCUUGACCCUGACUCUGCUGGUGGACUACACGCUCCAGGCCUCGCUCAGCAUGGUGAAUCACAGGCUGCAAAGCUUCUUUGGGGGGACAGUGAUGGGUGAGUCAGGCAUGAAAACUGUGGAAGAUGUGGGAAGCCCCCUCAAAUAUGAAUUCCAGGUGAGCCCUGUCGGGGAGGGGCUGGCUGCCCUGGGGACCCUGGUCCUAGGUCUGGAAUGGCCCUAUGAAGUUGCCAAUGGCAAAUGGCUGUUGUACCCUACGGAGAUCACCAUUCAUGGCAAUGGGUCCUGGCCCUGCCAGCCUCCCGGAGACCUGGUCAACCCUCUCAACCUCACACUCUCUGACCCCAAGAACAGGCCGCAGCGCAGGCGGAGAGAGCUGGACCCCAGGGGAGACCAGGGCCCCCCACCCGUCACUCUGGCUGCUGCCAAGAAAGCCAAGUCUGAGACUGCGCUGAACUGUGCCACUGGCCGCGCCCGCUGUGUGUGGCUGGAGUGUCCCCUCCCAGACGCCGCCUUCACCACCAACGUGACCGUGAAGGCCCGAGUGUGGAACAGCACGUUCAUCGAGGAUUACAGAGACUUUGACCGAGUCAGGGUAGACGGCUGGGCCACGCUCUUCCUGCGAACCAGCGUCCCCUCCCUCAACAUGGAGAACAAGACCACGUUGUUCUCUGUGGACAUCGACUCAGACCUGGUGGAGGAGCUGCCGGCCGAGAUCGAGCUGUGGCUAGUGCUGGUGUCCGUGGGUGCGGGGCUGCUGCUCUUGGGACUGAUCAUCGUCUUGCUGUGGAAGUGUGGCUUCUUCAAGCGAGCCCGCACUCGCGCCCUGUAUGAAGCCAAGAGGCAGAAGGCGGAGAUGAAGAGCCAGCCGUCAGAGACAGAGAGGCUGACGGACGACUACUGAGGGGGCAGCCCCUGCCCCGGCCCACCCGGUGUGACUUCUUUAGGCGGACCCGCUACUACCGGAUCAUGCCCAAGUACCACGCUGUGCGCAUCCGGGAAGAAGAGCGCUACCCACCUCCAGGGGGCACUGUGCCCACCAAGAAGCACUGGGUCACCAGCUGGCAGACCCGGGACCGAUACUACUGACGUCCUCCUGAUCCCAAGCCGUCUCCCCACGUCCCUUCUUCCUAUUUAUCCUUAAGUUAUGCCUCUGACAGCCCGCAGGGGGCGCUGCCGCGGGCCAUCUCCCUGCAGGACUUGCCGAGCCAACGCACUGUUCCCCGAGUCUGGGUGCACGGGGGGCUCACUGCUCCUGGCUUGUGCUUGUGCAGCACGGGUGAUGCAUGGACGCACCUUGUGCCAGUCUCUGCGCGUGCCAAACCAAGCGGCUCUGCCAAAGCAGAAGGAAAAGACCCCCUGCGUGGUGACACCCCCCUCUCACACUGGGUCCACCCUGAGCCAAAACCACUGGACCGACUUCGCUGCCGAGCGUAAACUACUGACAGGGAGCAGCGGCUUCCCGGCCCCUACACGAUGCAGCUGUGCCCGGCCAAGGGCUGCCCAGGGGGCAUUUACGUGACCAGAGAACAAAUAAGCCGGAAAGCAGGUCCCAGAAAGGCUUCCUUCCAUGACUCUGAUGCCUUUCUCCUGGCCAUGGACCAAACUAGCAGGGAACACAGCCCAAAGGGACAGAGAGACAACGGACGGCGCAGAUGGCCACUCUGGGACUGCCCUGGAGCAUAGUGGAAGCCUCUGGAGGGCAGGGGACCAGCCCUGGGCCAAGCAGACACUGCAGGACGAGGAGAUACCAGUUCCCACCUACCCCUACCCCCGCCCCCCAGCCUCAGAAGUGCCUGGAGAGGCCCCACAAGAUGUCAGAGGAAGUGACGCUUGAAUGUAGGGCAGGGGCAGAGCCCUGUCCCCAGCCCAGCUGGCCAGGCCCCACUCUGUCCCCACUGACCACGGAAUGGGGCCUAGAGGUGAUGUUCUUGGCUGUCGUUGGCUUUCAGAGCCUCCCUGGCUGCCCCUCCCACAUGGGCUGUGUGUGAGGCCCAUAGCAGUUGAGGCUGGUCCCCCGUACCUCCUCUGGCUGCCCCUCCCACCCACGGUACUGUAGCAGGGGGCUCCCACGCCCCCCCUUGUGCCUUCUUUGUAUACGGGCUUCUCACGGCAACCAAUAAACAGCUCCCAGUUUGUA